ACAGGAGGAGGAGGAGGAGACAAGAGUGCACCAAACAGACGUUAACUUUCAAUCAGCUGAAUUCUUUGCAAGAUGCUGGAAUGGAGCAGUGUGAGUGUCUACCUUUUCCUUGCUGUUGCACUACUGAAGUGGACUGGUUUCACUGAGGCUUCUGCAGAGAGGUUUGAGUCUCCGAUUGUUUUGGGUGUUGGACAACGUUCAGUUUCAAAUGAAGAGAAGUCAGCAGAUUUAGCAGCGAAACUCCUGCUUUUGGAUGAGCUUGUCUCACUGGAAAAUGAUGUGAUUGAGACCAAAAAGAAAAGAAGCUUCCCAGGCUUUGGGUCUCCUCUAGACAGGAUUUCUGCAGGCACCACUGAAAUAAAGGGAAAACAAAGGAAAGUGGUGGAUCUUCCAAAAAGGAAAUUUGGGAUUCCUAUUGAUCGGAUUGGCAUGAACCGCCUUGGUAAUACUAGAGGCUAACAGAUUUAUAUAGUACGUAUUCCCUGGAUGAUAUAUGAUACAUCUCAGAUGCCACCAAAAACCUGCUAAUACCUUACAGAGCUCCAUUGCCUGAUUUACGUUACAAUGAUUAAUGAAUUGUCCAUCUAUAAAUCAAUUUCACAUCCACUGUCAAAACAAUAAUAGAUUCUAUCCAUCAGAUCAGAACUUUUACAGUCAGGGUGUUCCUGCUGAAGUCACAGGGUGUAUGUGAGCGACUGUACUGCCUGGUGAUCAGCACACUGUAGGAUUUUUGUUUUAUUAUGACCAAAUAUCAACAUGUGUGAUUCAAUUGGAAAAUAAAGUGUAUCCCACAUCCAAUCUUAUGCCAUUGUUAAUAGUGUAUGUUAUAGAGUGCAAAUGCACUCCAGGCCCCUCUACAUACAGUACCACUUACUUUUUAAAGCAUUCAUGUAUAACGGAAGACACAUAAGCCAACUUCUAGAUGCCGAAAGACUGUUUACAUGGGGUGUAUUAGUGAUUAACCAUUUAUUUAAAACAUUUGUAUACAACAAAUUUUGAUCUGUAGUAACCUAGAGACAUGUAAAGCAGUUUCAGGACGUGAUAGGGAGGUACAAACUGUGGAUUUUCUAUCUCCAUAUGUAUAGUGGGUGAUAGUCCUCUUGUGCAGGACUAUUUUUGCCUCUCUAGAUUUAUGACACCCACAUUUCAGAUUUGCAUUUACCUUCCUGUAUAUUAAGUCUGUAUAAAUAGGACCCCUUCUAGCACAGAUGUGUUUCCUUUGCCACUGUGAACUACAAGCCAGUCUCUGGCGAGUCACAGCAUGGUCAUACAUUUUGUUCCACAGCAGCUAGGGAGCCUAAAGAUUGCAUUACACUCUUCUAGAAAAAGGGAGCUGCCAUAGGACUUUUCAAUAUUUACCCAUUUACUAAUAUUCCAAUUCCGAUUCCUAACCCUGAUGGUUGUGUGAACAAGUAGCAGAUUAAAGAUAUGUACAGUAUGCCAAUCCAUAUACAGUUCUUGCAUGUUGCAUAUUGUCCCAUAUAAAUUGCACUGUCAAAAC